CGUGUAUACAAUUCUGCUAUAGUGUAAGGAGAUUUGUAAUGUGUUAACUGUUAAGUGAUACUUGAAUAGAUUCUCGGCAAUUGUGUAGAUUCGUGUGUAUAAAUUCGCAACACCAUCAUAUACUACAAUAUACACAUACAGUAGUAUUCCUACAUUCGACAGCAUUCCAAUCAUGAGACAAACAGUAGCUCUGGCCCUAUUGGGUUCAUUCAUGAGCGUAUCUGCUCAAAACACUCUCAUUACAUUAUACCCUAUCAAAUACCAAAUAGGCGGAGGCCAAGCCAACAAUGAAGGCAAGUGUUGGCAAGCCGAUAUGGGGCGAAACAUUAUCAGUUUUGAAACAUGCGAUAAGACCCAGACAAUGCAAUCGUUUCAGGUAUCCACCGACGGCCUUAUUGUAGCUGGUGAUGGACCGUACAGCUGCGUAGUAACCAGUCAGCAGUCUUCUACGGCUCUGUUCCUAAACGUAUGCGAUCCUCGAGCAGUAGGCCAGAUAUGGCAGGUAGAUGGACCUGACGUGCCGAUACCAGUACCAGUGAAUCACGGACUGGCUAUCUGUCCACGUCAGUGCGAUGCCGUAGAUUCCAUUGUGUGUGGGUAUUCGUUCAAUCUUGAUGGUGAUCCAGUAGAGGGUAACACAUGCACUCAGAACCCUGAAGGAGUGUAUGAGAAUAUCGCAUUCACAGCUACGAUCACUGAGGCCACAGGCAGAUACGAGGCAUACAACCCUUCACCUGAGCCAUCCACAACAUCUUCCUCGGCUGUUGCAAGCGCAACCGAUUCUCCAUCAAACCCAACUGACACCGCACCAGCUAGUACAACAGAUGGGGGUGAUCCUCAAACUGAGCCUACAAAACAGCCCAACCAAGGAGAACUCAGGAACGAUGACGGUACAAUCUCGACUGGCCUGAUCUUCGGCGUGACUGCGGGGAUUAUCGUAUUACUGGCAGUUAUUGCCUGUGUGGUGGGUAUGUACCUACACAAGAACAGACAGAAGCGUAAAAAUAAACGCAAGCUCGAAGGAGCCAACGGUACACAGAUGAAGAGCAUCCCGCCAACGAUCCCUACUCUGCAGGUAUAUCCCAUGGUGUAUUCACAGCCAGCUAAAGCCGCACAAGGAAACACUACAUCCCACUAUUCGGGAUCAGUAGCCAGCAUUCCUGUCAGUGCCACGUACUCGCCCAGCCCUGUGUUCUCGCAUCCGGCGGAGUCCCCGACGAGCAUGCGCCAGCCCAUGCCACCAGUGUCGGCGAUGCAGCGCAAUGAAUCACCGCUUGCACAUCACCACGAACUGUACCAGCAGCGAGCCUCAAACCGACUGAACCAGCUCAGUCCUAAGCCAGAGGCAAACACUACGUACACGCAGAUACGUCCAGAUGGCACAGUUGAGCAAGUUGCUGUGGGUGUUAACGUAGACGAGACCGAAGACGAGACCGAAGGCGAAAAGGACAGAGCAUCAGAAACAACGGAGGUCACUCGCAUGUCCGAUACGUCCCUGAACGACACGAGUGCAACUGGAUCGAUGUAUACACUGGACACGAACAUGACGUCUGAGGCAUCCGUGAUACCCGGAUCAACUACAAUUGCCCUAGAGUGCCACCACGUGGAGGACGAUGAGAAUGUGGUGAUGGUGGGCUCGGAGGAGCCUUUGGGCGACUGGGAUCCAGCCAUGGCUCCAGUAAUGCAACGCCAAGUGCACAACCCGAACAUGUAUGUAUUGACAGUGUGCAACGGGGAUGAUGAACCGAUCCCGUACAAGUUCGCGCGGAUUACGAAAGACCACAGGCGCGUGGUUUGGAUGCAGGGUGGCAACUUACUGUUGGACCCCUCAAGCGGCAAUCAGGAGCAGGCCUUCUCGUGGGUUCUGUAGUUGGCUCCGUAUGUGGAGAAGCGUGAAGAGCGAGAUGUGGGAGUACAAAUAUAUGUAUAUACGCAAACAUAUGCAGGUACUUAUAGAUGCGUUCACAUGUAUAUAUAUGGAUUGGCAUGAUAUGGUUAAAAGGUGCGAUGGUGAGCCUACAAUUCCUCUCUAGGGCGUAACUAUGCUUAACGUGAAACGCGGAAUAUGCGAUGCAUCACCGGAAAUGCUCACAGUUGGCGAGCAUUAGGUCACCUACCUAGUUGUAUAGAUGCCUCUUUAGCGUAUCUGCCACUGUUCAGUGUAUAAAUUAGUCAGCGCCAUUUACGAUGCUUAGUCUCGUAGUAGAUGGCGUUGCCAAAUUUGUACGGCAGAGGUAGAACUGCGCCAUACGCGAAGCAUGUAUCUGGGAUUGACACUGUUUUGGGUGCAGCUUAUGAGCAUAAAAAGAGAGAGGGGGGGGUGUUUUGUGUACACACAAUACGGUACACAGUGCCGAAUUUCUAGACUCCAUCAUAUCAAAGCUAGAGGUAAAGAAGAUGCGAUUGAGGAUUGUAUGCCAAACACAAGAUGGAAGUAGGUGUUUUCUAAUGUCCAGUGGUGCAAGAGAUAUUACACGCGCGUUAGGAGGCGGGCUUAUGUCUUGUGUUUGAGAUCCUGUAAAUAUAAAUUGUUACUUUAUUUAUGCCUCCGAAGCAGAAUGUAGAAUUCUUGACAACAACUUGAUAUCGGU